AUGCACUUGACACUUAAUACUGUUCAUAUUUUUAGAACAAAAGAUCCCAAACUAUUUACAUAUGAGAAUAAUGGCUACUGUGCGUUAGUUCCAGUUCCUCCUAAAAUUCCACUUUAUCAUCUCAUGUUCAUCAUGCCAUUCGAUGGACUCAUUUGGAUACUCUUUGGGGUCUCAAUUAUUGGUUCUGUUGCUGUUUGGCGGAUCUAUCGUGGUCGUGGUGCUGUCGAUUCUCAUUGGCAACUUGCUGCUGGCAUUUUUAUGAUGUUUUUUGGUCAAGGUGCUAAUUUUUCACGUCAAAAUCACUUUGUGCUUGCUAUACUGCUCAACAUUAUUUGCUUGUCUAUGUUCCUGCUCAACAAUCUUUAUGAAAGUGAAGUCACAUCCUUACUGAUUGAACCAGGUGAUAAUAAUCGUCUGAAAACUAUUGAGGAUCUUAUCGCAUCUAAAUAUGAAAUUAUAAAUGACGCCGUAUUUGCCGACUAUGCUAUAAGUGCAAAAGAUUUUGAGAGAUUAUUGCCUAGAUUAAAUAUAAGAUCCGUCGAUUUACCAAAAAACUUUAAUGAGGAAGUGAUCAGCCAACGCUAUGUCUACAUGUUUCGAUGCGAUUCAGUAGAUUUGCUUCUUCGAUCUCGACUACCCAAUGGCCGCUCCUUUACAGACUAUUAUUACAAAUUACAAGAGUUACUUUUCUGGAAUUAUGUGGAACUGGAUGCAAGCUACUUAAACCCGCUAAUUGACAGUUUUCAAUAUUACAUGGACUUGUCAUUUCAAGCUGGACUACCGCACAUGUGGAAAGUGUUUGAAAGGAAAACCAUCUCGCAAUUAAAGAUAAAGGCAAAAGACAAGAAAAUAUUUUUGGAGCUGAUUGAUUUUGGGGCAGUUUUUGAUAAAAUCAUGUCAAUCAUCACAAAUCAGUUCUUUUCAACAGUCUGGCAUCACAUGGCAAAAAUUCUCUGUAUUGUGCCUAACACGAGUUCUCUUUCCCAGCGAGUCCUAGCUCUUAGAGCAUUUUCUCAGUAUGGCUUUUUAAAUGUUGUUGUUGUUGUGAUGACUAAACCAAAGAUUAUUCAGUUUGAAACUAUAAAGUCGAUGAAAUUAAAUGAAAUUUUCAUCACUCAAGCACCAGAUAGCAAUGCUCUUUUUGCUGACAAGUUGAAGAACAUGAAAGGAUUUCAGUACAAGAUCAUUGCUUAUGCACAACCUGGUCGUGUUAUUAUAAAUUAUCAAACUAUUAAAUCUUACAUGCUAUCCUUCCUUGAUAUCAUAAAAACUGCACAAAAUUCAACAUAUCACAUAAUUAUUUUACAUGAUUAUUCAUUAAUUGACCAGUACUGGUUAAAGCGUGUCAUGGAUUUGACUAUAAAUACUGCAGUCGUUUUAGACAGUCGUGAACCAAAAUUACUGACUUAUGAGAUUGAAGGUUACUGUGCGCUUGUUCCUAUUCUUCCAAAGACAACACUUUUCCAGCUUAUCUUUAUUGGACCAUUUGAUGGACUCACAUGGAUGUUUCUUGCACUCUCGAUUGUCAGUUCUGUUGCUGUAUUUUAUUUAUUUCGUGGUCGUGGUGCUGCAGAUUCUCCUGGGCUGCUUGGUUAUGGAAUGUUUGUGUAUUUUAUUGGACAAGGUGUCGAUUUCUCACGUCGGAACCGACCGGUUCUGACAAUCCUGAUUCAGUUGAUCAUUCUGAUGAUCUUCGUCCUUAGUAAUGCAUAUGAAGGUGUCAUCACGUCCUUUAUGAUUCAGCCAAUGCAUGAACACCGUCUUGAGACAGUUAAUGAUCUACUUGAAUCAGAUUACGAAAUUAAAGCAGAUGAAGCAUUUUCAUUUAAAAUUAAAGAUGACAUUCAAUUCAGUGACAGAAUAAAAUUAAUGCAUAAACUUGAUGAAUAUAAAUAUAAUGAGUUAAUUCUUAAACAGGAAUUAGUUUUCAUUAGAAAGUGUCACUUAGCUGAAUCUGAUUUGAGAUCUGUGGUAUCAAAUAGGAAAUUUCAGUCAGAAUUUUAUUACAUUUUACCAGAGCAAUUUUUAUGGCAUUACAUCGAACUUGAUGCAAGCUACUUAAAUCCAUUCGUUGAGAGGUUCCAAUAUUAUAUGGAUUUAAGCUUUCAAGCUGGUCUGCCUCACAUGUGGAAAGUGCUUUAUAAUCAAGACGAUUUUAAGACGCAAAAUAAUCAUGGAAAUGAUGAAGAAUCAAUCAUCAAACUUGAUGACCUCUGUCAACACAGCGCGUCAAUAUUCUCAAUCGUGCAUGAAGAUGCAGCAGGUGACGUCAUUUACGAAUCUGUUGGGGCAAAUGUGUCACUUAAAAUCCUUAAAAAUCCUAAACAUUGUCAGCCACUGUUUCCUGAUAAACUAAAAGAGUUGAGGGGUUUGAACUCAACAGUUGCUAUCCACGAUCAGCCACCAUCGACAAAGGAUCCGAAAUUAUUUACGUACGAGAAAAAUGGCUACUGUGCGUUAAUUCCAGUUCCUUCGAAAAUUCCACUUUAUCAUCUCAUGUUCAUCAUGCCAUUUGAUGGACUCAUUUGGAUACUCUUUGGGGUGUCAAUUUUUGGUUCUGUUGCUGUCUGGCGGAUGUUCCGUGGUCGUGGUGCUGUUGAUUCUCAUUGGCAACUUGCUGCUGGCAUUUUCAUGAUGUUUUUUGGUCAAGGUGCAAAUUUUUCGCGUCAGAACCAUUUUGCACUAGCUUUUCUUCUCAACAUUAUUUGCUUGUCUGUGUUCCUGCUCAACAAUCUUUAUGAAAGUGAAGUCACAUCCUUACUGAUUGAACCAGGUGAUUAUAAUCGUCUGAAAACUAUUGAGGAUCUUAUCGCAUCUAAAUAUGAAAUUAUAAAUGACGCCGUAUUUGCCGACUAUGCGAUAAGUGCAAAAGAUUUUGAGAGAUUAUUGCCUAGAUUAAAUAUAAGAUCCGUCGAUUUACCAAAAAACUUUAAUGAGGAAGUGAUCAGCCAACGCUAUGUCUACAUGUUUCGAUGCGAUUCAGUAGAUUUGCUUCUUCGAUCUCGACUACCCAAUGGCCGCUCCUUUACAGACUAUUAUUACAAAUUACAAGAGUUACUUUUCUGGAAUUAUGUGGAACUGGAUGCAAGCUACUUAAACCCAUUUAUUGAGCGAUUUCAGUACUUUAUGGACUUGUCAUUUCAAGCUGGGCUGCCUCAAAUGUGGAAAGUAUUUGUGAUGCAAAGCAAAUCACACUUAAAAAGAAAAAUAGUUACAGAUGAAAAAAUCUUUUUGGAAUUGUCCGAUUUUCAGGCAAUUUUUGUUAUUUUUUUUCUUAUGUGUGGAUUGUCUGUUGUUGUGUUGAUUGCUGAGAUUUUCUAUCAUGACUGUCUUAGAAAAAUUAAAUGGACGAUUGGAAAUAGUUUGCACUGCUGGUGUAAAAGUAAGAAAAUAAAGCAGCAAUUAACAGUUCGCAGAGUUGUCGUUCAACCACGAAAUAGAAUUAUAAAUAUUGAGUAA